UGCUGUUGUUGUAACUGCGACUGGUGGUGGCACAAGAGGUGUCCGUCCUCCGCACAAAUAGCUCAGCGCUCUCCUCCUCCUCCCUCCUCAAGUCCCCCCCCCCCCCACCCCAUCAUCAUCAUCCGGCAACGUCGUCGGUGGAGGAAGAGGCAUCUGAGAAGCUGCCUCGGUUCUUUGGAACACGCGUGAGCGUCACGUGACCACAGCCAUGGCCUCGGUGAGGAGGAAGUCGCAGAAGGAACGGGUCCUGCUGGCGCGCCAGGCCACCAUGCCGGCGGCCCCCGUGCACGAGGGCAUCAUGCAGGCCGCCCGCGCACCCAUCUCGUGCUUCUCAGCGCCGCCGGAGGUGAAAGCAGACCAGGGGUUCUUUGAAAGAUUCGGCAGCAUUUUGGAUCAGUACAGGAACCCAGAUUUGUUGGAAUGCACAGUAAGUGCUCCACUGCUGGAAGAAGCUCCCGUUCAGGGCAAAUUGAUGGAGAACGUUAAGCUUUCCAAGCGUGAGCUGGACAACCUGUACGAGGAGGCCCUUUACACCAUCAUGCACCGGAGCGGCGAGACCACGGAGGACUACGUCAACGAGGACUACGAGCUCUACGGAUACCUCAAGCGGGUGUUCAACCUGAGCCAAAUGGAUCAUGAAGCCCUGAUGGAGAAAGUCAAAGAAGCCAAACCGCCCGUGCAAGUGCUCAAGGUCACCGUGGUGGAGGCUAAAGGAUUGAUGUCCAAAGACCCCGAUGGAUUCAGCGACCCGUACUGCAUGCUUGGCAUCAUGCCGGGCAGCAAGGAUUCGCCGCGCGAGGUGGCCGAGGAGAAGAAGGAGAGGAAGUUCAGCCUGCGCCGGCGCUCCGACAAGCGCACGCCCAGCAUCAAGGAGGUGCUGCCCGCCAAGUUCAUCCAGGCCACGGAGGUCAAGCCGCACACGCUCGACCCGCAGUGGAAGGAGUCAUUCAGCCUAGACAUUGACGAUAUUCAAACAGAUACGCUUCACCUCGACAUAUGGGACCACGACGAUGACGUCUCGGUGGUGGAGGCGUGCAGCAAGCUCAACGAGGUGCACAGCCUCAAGGGGAUGGGCAGCUAUUUCAAACAGAUCGUCAAGUCCGCCCGCACGACCAACGCGUCCGGCUCGGCGGAGGAGCACGUCGACGACUUCCUGGGAUGCCUCGACAUCCCACUGAAUGAUCUGCCGUCCACGGGGGUGGACAAGUGGUGUAAGCUGGAGCCCAGGACCAGCUCGUCCAAGGUGCAGGGCUGGUGCCACCUUCUGCUCAACCUCACCUCGUCGCAGAGGGACACGCUGCUCAGCAAAAAGGUCUCCAACGUGACGGUGUACGAGAUGCUGAUGGAACACUUCAUCGCGUACCAGCACAACAUGCAGGGCGGGCUGAGCACGUGGGAUGGUGAGCUGUCCAAGUGCGCCAAGACGGUCCUGCACCAGCAUGCCGUGCAGACGGACAUACCUCCUGCCCAGCAGGCAAUACUGCACUGGCAGGCCUACAGCAAGUACCACCAGGCGAACGCCAUCAGCUACACGUGCCUGCACAACGCCCUGCAGCAAGUGGAGCAGAGCUUCCAGGACGCGUCCGUGGCUCACGAGCAGCAGCAGAGCUUGGCCGAAAGCUUCAACGGCUUCCUUGAGUUCUGCCUGGGUUUGCUGCGAAAGAUCCGUGACGUGUUCCCGCCAACAAACCCCGAGGCCACGUCCCGCCUGGAGGCGCUUCUGGGGUGUUUGUCGGAGUUCUACGGCACGCAGGUGUUCAAGAAGGCGUGUCCCUUCCACAACGACCUCUACCUGGAGAUCAAUAGCGUCAUCAAGAAAGGGACGCAGGAGUGGUACGAGCAGAUGAACUCGACGUUCAAGGCGGGCGGGAAGAGUGAAGAAGAGAAACUUCAGGGCCUGGUUAAAAUAACGAACGCGGUGCUCUCCGACCUCUACAAAAACAGAGACCACUACAACAAGAUGUUCGCCAGUGCCGUCAAGGUCGAGUACUUCAGUGUCACCUACCGACAGUUGGAGAAGCUGAUAUCGGACGAGGUGAGCAGCUGCCUGGAGGAGCCGGGCGGCAUCUCGGAGGGAGACGUGGGGGCACUGAGCCAGCCCUCCGGGGAGGCCAUGCUGCAGCUCUACCUGAACUUGCGCGAGCUGCACGGCCUUAGUGACUCGCUGCCCGCCAGGGACGGGAAGCCGCUGGCGCUGGCUUCGUUCCACGGCUCGUUCAAGGUGCUCAUGCUGCGUUGGCUGCAGCUGGUUCACCAGAAAGCCAAGGAGAGGAUCAGCGAGUCCGUCAAGGCGGACGGGAAGGUGUCGCGCUUCAAGCUGGACUUCCUGAACGCCCAGGUGAAGUACAGUUCGUCGGCGCUGAGCACCACGGAAUGUCUGUCCCACAUCCGGGACCUGUGGAAGGGCCUCCAGUGGCCUCCGGCUUCGGCCACCCCCAUCCUCAGCAAGCUCAUGCAGAACUUCUGCAACUGCGCUCACUUCUACAUGGAGCUCGUCAAGCGCAAGGUGGAGGCGGGCGGCUACUACAGGGCCGACGGGCAGUUCGACCUCAGCAACCAGCUGUGCAUAGCCCUCAACGGGAUGGAGUACGUGCGCCAGUUCGUGUGCGCGCUGCCCAAGGAGCUGGGGCUGACCGACGCCGAGGCGGCGGGGGUGCCCGCGGUCGGUGGGGGGCUCCAGGGGGGGGGGGCCGCGGGGGGGGGCACGGCGGGGGGCCCGCUGGCGCAGCUGCACGCCCUGGACAGCUCCGUGCAGCACGAGAUCACCGCUGUCGUCACCAUCUUCGCUGAAAAGAUGUCCCCGGACAUUCGCAAGUAUGUUCAGCACAUCAGCUUGUCUCCGGACUCCAUCCAGUCGGACGAAGCCGUCUCGCCUCUCAUGAAGUACUUGGAUAACAACUUGGCCAUGCUCAAUAGAACCCUGCUCAAGGAAAACUUCAACUGGAUGCUGCAGGCUCUGUGGAAGGUCAUACUCGGCACCAUCGUCGACGUGGUGGCUGCAGAUCAGCCACACACCACCGAGUUCUACAGCCGCUUCGAUUACACGCUGCAGGUUCUCGUGGCUUUUUUCCACGCGGAGGGUCAAGGCCUGCCCAUGACCGUCGUCCACAAUGAGGAGUACAAGACUCUGCGGGACGACUUCAUCACCAACAAGAUGCCCACCCAGGACCUCAUCGAGCAGUACUUCCUUGAGAAGCUGAGCCAGCAGAAACCAACGGAGCCCAGCAAGUAUGGCUCGCUGAACGCCAUCUGCUACUACAACAGCGCGGAGCAGAAGGUGGUCGUGGAGAUCAUGAGUGCGACGAACCUCAUUCCACUCGACUCUAACGGCCUCAGCGACCCGUUUGUCAUCGUCGAGCUGGGCCCGCAGCACUACUUCCCGCACCUGCGGAGCUUCAAGACCCAGGUGAAGCCCAAGACGCUGCAGCCUGUCUUCAACGAGCAGUUCACCUUCCCGACCGCCGUGGAGCCGUGCAGAAGGAAGGCGGCGUGCCUGUCUCUGGCCGUCAUGGACUACGAUUGGCUGUCGCGGGACGAGCUGGAGGGGGAGGUGAUCCUGCCACUCGCCGAGCUGCACGGUGUCCCGGUUGAGUCGGCCGGGGCAGCCGGGGCAGCCGGGGCAACCGGGGCAGCCGGAGCAGCCAGGGCAGCCGGGGCAGCCGGGGCAGCCGGAGCAGCCGGGGCAGCCGGGGCAGCCGGGGCAGCCGGGGCGGCUUCCACCGAGAGCCCCGCGCAGACGCAGGGCAGCCAGCCCGUACUCACCCUGCAUCUCAGACACCCCAAAGCCAGCAGAAUACUGAAGAUCCUCGAAGCCAGGGUGGCAGACAAGGACGCCCAGGAGUUUGUGAAGAAAAGACGAGAUAUCGAAGAGACCUCCCAGGCGAUGGAAUGACCGGCCACCGCCAUCUGGUGUCACCGACAGGGUUUUUAGCGGAAUGCCGUCGUUUUUGUGCACACAUCCCAACCCCCCCCCCCCUAGUGCCACCGUCGGUGGCUCCCUUCCACGCGCCGGUCGCAGAGUUUGCUAUUGCGCAGGGCUUUUGGGCGCAGGUUAAAUUCGACCAGAUUGCCGACGGUUUCAUUGCUUGCGAAUUGUACCGAUGAAUGCACUUUCACACAGACCGUAUUUUUCUACCAGCGCUCCGAAGGAUUCUAUACAAUUUACAAAAAGAUUGCGAUGCUGCAUUGGCAGCGACGCACAAGCACAGGUAAUAACGAAUUCGACAGGUUCGUCAGUAACAUUGCAGGCAACGUUUUCAUCAUGAUAAUAAUUUACAUUUAUACGGCACAAAUAAUCCAGGGAUCUCGGUAUUGAGCCCCUUCUUAAUUGCACGUUGCUAAUGAAUAACAGGGCUCAACCACGUGGUAUUCUGUCACGGGCCUCCAUCCUCGGGGUCUCCAGGAAGCUCUGGGUGAACCUGCCCAUGGAGCGCUGUGCAGAAGGCCCAUUGCCUGAAACAUCAUUUUGAAGGAGGUCCACAACCCAGCGACCCGAACCACUUUUCAGUGCCGGGCAAAUGCAUCAUUGCGGAGAAACAUCGAGAGCCAUGUCCCCCGCACAGGUCAGAUCAUUCAUUCUCCUCCUCUUUUAUCGUUCGGCCCGGGCGUCUGGCUGAGACCACACGAGAUGCGUGGAUUGGAUUGAUAUCCGACGGUGGAAUUAAUCACCUUUCGUGCGGUUCAUUCCCUCCCCCCAACAUUUUUUUUCCAUUGAAGUUAAAGGUGACAUCUACAACUGAGGUUUGACAAAUGCUGGUUAUGUAAAAACUAAACAAAAAAUAGUUUGCUUACUCUUCCUGUUCUGUUGUGUUUUAAAAAUUCGCAGGUAAUUCGUAUAGUUACGACGCUUUAUAAAAUUCUCGAUUCGUUAUUUUAUUGGUUUUUUUUUUUUCUUCGGCAAGUUCACCGCCGUUUAUAACGUAGCGAGUCUGGCUACUUGUGACAAUCCGCACGCUCUUGGCAGGAUCUCACGAACGCGUGAGCUCUCCUGUAUUUUUAUCGAGGUGCCAUGCACACCCCAUGACAGGACCGCCCAGAAGGGGGGGGUGGAGGGGGGGGGGUUAGGUAAAAUGAGAGCCAUUUGCCCCAGGGCCGCACAUACAUCAAAGUGGCCCCACAACCAGGCCUGGGGCUUUUCAGUGCUCACGAUUAACGGGGCUUACCACGUGGCAUUCUGUCCCAGGGGGCCUCUGGGAACUUCUGGGUGAACCUGCCCAUGGGGCGCUUUUUCCAGUCGCGUGAGUACCCGCCGCCUCCGGCGUUCAUUGUGUCCUCUUGUGCAGUAAACGCAGCAUUAAGCAGAAAUUUUGAAACAACAAAAAAAAACAAGUGUUUGGAAAGAGUUAUACGUGCGUAUAGGUGGACUCUGGUUAAUGUUGGUGUGCUGCUGUGCUAUAGACGACAGUGAAAUGUGUUAGAUUGGUGUAAAUGUGUGAAAAGUGACCAAAAUUGUUAAUAAAUUGAGAA